AUGAAGGUUAAUUACAAAUUUUAUUUUUUGGGGUUCAAUCUUUUUAGAUUUCAAUAAGGUGGCUACGCACACUUCUGACAGUUGACGUAUGACUGUUUGACAUCAUAACAAAACCUAACCUUUGAAAAUUCUGGACCGUAAACUUGUACAUAAUUGGUUUGGUUUUUACGUAAGGAUUAAGUAUUCUGUGAUGAUAAAUUAUGGCUCAAAUGUUGUGUUGUUUGUGCACUGGCGAAGUAACCACUCCAGAAUAUGACCUACAGAAGACGUUCACAUCAUGUUCUCAAACGUCUCUUCUAGUGCUGUUACAAAGCUGCAUAGACGAAGAGUGUUUUAUUACCAAUUAUUUAAUUUGUAAAAUGUGUUACCUUUUAUUAAAUGAGUUAGACAAUAUUAAAUUAAGGGUGAAAAACAUCGAGUACAAACUCAGAACGUACAUGUGCAAAUACUAUAAAAGUAAUUGUAUCGAACAAAGAGACGCCAGAAAUGUAGAUACCGUCACUGAAGAAGAUACAGACCAUUUAAAAGAAGUUAGUAUUCAAAAUCUCAAGGAGACCAACUUAGAAAUAAAUCACAUUAAUUUGGAUGAUUCAGGGCACAAUUUAAAAACUGAGGCAGUGAAAUCAAUAAUAGACAUGAAUCCUUCACUAGAUGAUAUUACAUGGCUGAGUUCAGAAGAAACACUAAAAAAAAUUAAAAAGAAUGAUGAAAAGAAAAACUUAACAAAAAAAAAAGUGAAUGAUUUAGAUAAUGCAAAACCUUAUGUGUGCACAGAAUGCCCAAAAACAUGGAGAACAUUAACAAAACUUAAAAAUCAUCUGUUAUCGCACAAUGAUGAAAAGCCAUAUGUAUGUGAAAUCUGUGGGCAAGCUUAUAAACGUCAGCAAGCACUAACAAUCCAUGUUGGUAUGCAUAAGGGUAUUAAUCCAUAUACAUGCAUUUACUGCAAAAAAUCAUUCACACAGAAAGGGGCUCUUGCAAGGCAUACACCAAUACAUACAGGUGAAUUUCCAUUCCAGUGUGAUCUGUGUGGGAAAAGAUUUGUUCAUCACACUUCUUUUAAUAUUCACAAGUUAAGUCAUUCAGGGGAAAAAUCAUACAAAUGUGAACGUUGCGGUUUGUUUUUAUUAUCAGGAUCUCACCUUAAAAGGCACAUGAAAGUACAUACUGGUGAAAAGCGCUUUAGUUGUGGCACUUGUGGUAAAAAGUUUGCAGAAAGAUAUAAUUUAGCAGUUCAUGAGAAACUGCAUCUCGGAGUUUCUAAGAAGAAAAAAUACCAGUGUCAUAUUUGUGGCAACAUAUAUGGUGGUCAAGUCAUGUUACAGGAGCAUUUAUUCAAUGUGCAUCAAAAAAUACAAUAUCCAAAUACACCAAAACAAUCUGAUCUAAAUUUAUAAGUGUUAAUUUGUCAUUUUAUUUCUGUAUUGCACAAAUUGUUUCAGAUAAAAAAUUAUUAAAA